AUGGCUGCGCUCACGUUCGAGGCCGCCCACCCCAAGCUAAUCGUGCGCCGGCCUGAUCUCCGCGCCCUCUCGGAUCUGCGCAUCGAAAAUGCAGCGCGGCUCGUGUGCUUGAACGUCUCGGACAACAUUCUUCAAGACUUGGCCGUCGACUCGACGCUUGUCUAUCCUGCGUUGGAGCACCUCAAUGCGAGCCGCAAUUGGCUGUCAGAUAUGAGCCACCUGCGCUGCUUUUUGUCGCUUGUUCACGUUGAUCUGUCGCACAACCAGAUUCGCACGGUGGAUGGUCUCGAGAGCCUCCAGCAUUUGCAGGUCUUGGAUCUGAGCCACAAUGUGGUACGCACCUUUCUCGACGUGCGGUCCAUGUCCCUCAACCGCUCGCUCCAGAGUCUGUACCUCCACCACAAUCCAAUCGCAGAUCUCAAAGGCUACCGUGCACGGCUCGCGUCGCUCUUACCAAGCUUGCUCAUGCUUGACGAUGUCCGGUACCCUCGAAAGCCGAAUGCGGCGUCUCGCGCAGCGGGUUCUGGUAGCCACCUCUAA